UUUUCAUCAAGGAGGAGGGAAGGAGAGGUGACCUUGGUUUGUCUUCAAUGGAGGUGACACUAAAGCGGAAUGUUGUUGUCGAAGAGGAGACGAAGGUUGGGUGUGUUGGUGAUGAAGAAAGUGGAGAGAUUGGAAAGUUUGGAGGUGAAACACCAAUCUAUGACAGGGAUUCUUCAAGAUCAUCUUCAUCAAGCCAAAGAGAUUCCAUCAAUAACAGAGAGGUUCCCACUGUAAUUGGAAGCGAACGAUCAUUCAUGGAUGCGAGCUCAAGACCGUCUUCUUCCAAGCCCAAGAACUCAGUUACAAUCAGUCAGGAGACGCAGCCUGAAUCCACUAAAGCAGAAAGGUUCGAUGUUAAGAAACCAUUCAUGGCGCAAACAGUGAAGGAUUACCAAUCCCCCCAAAUGCACUUCUUUGACAUUGUCCAAAAAGAACAUGUUAAGAAACCAGAUGAGACUUCUAGCACACUUGACAAUGCUGAAGAACCUGAACUCGUCUCUCUCAGCCUUGGAACGCGCGCAAGUAGAAGCGGAAAAGAAGAGGAGGCAAACACAUAUAGUAAAGGAAAAGAAGAUGGAAUGAUAAAGGAAGGCCUUACCCUUGGAUUGCACAGCAAAGUUGAUGGUUCUAGCAGUGGCCCAAGCGAGGCUCUGCUGAAUUUGAGCCCGGACAACAGCUUUGAGGAGCCAAAGGAAGCUGAUACUGGGGAACCAUGGCCACCGAGCAAGAUGAUGAAGAGUUCAGCAAAUGGUGAAGAUGAAGUGCUACCACAACCUCCGCUUAAGAGAGCUAGAGUUUCUGUGCGAGCAAGAUGUGAUGCCCCCACGAUGAAUGAUGGAUGUCAAUGGAGAAAAUAUGGACAGAAGGUUGCGAAAGGUAAUCCAUGCCCGCGAGCUUAUUAUCGUUGCACUGUUGCACCGGCAUGCCCAGUAAGGAAGCAGGUGCAGAGAUGCGCUGAGGACAUGUCCAUAUUGAUCACCACCUACGAAGGAAACCACAACCAUCCACUUCCGAUGGGAGCCACUGCCAUGGCUUCCACCACCUCCGCCGCUGCAUCCAUGCUGAUUUCUGGUUCAUCCACUAGUUCUUGCCCACCCUUCGGAUCCCUAGCCUCCUCGACCGCCAACCUUCAUGGCUUUAGCCAGGUGGAUAACUCGAGGUUCAAACAGUUCUACCCACCAAACCCAUCAAUCUACUCUUCCGCCUCCCACCCCACCAUCACAUUAGACCUCACUGUACCUUCAUCUACUCCCCAGUACAAGUUCUCUUCAAACCUCACCUACCCAAAGUACUCCUCGACGAGUCUCAACUUCUCUUCCUCAAAGUCCAACACUAUCCCAACAUCUUGGAGUGGUGGGAGCUCAACCUAUGGAGCUCAUUUUUAUGACAAGAACAGCAUGGGAUCUCUAAACCUUGGAGGGCAAACUCAAGACUCUUUCAACCUAUCCUACAUGCACAAGGGAACCAGCCAAAAUCCUGCUCCUAGCCAGCAUCUCCUGACAGAGACGGUUGCUAACGCGAUCACAUCGCACCCGAGCUUUCAGUCAGCAUUGGCGACAGCGAUCACGUCGUACCUUGGAGCACAGGGAGCGGAACGUGCAGGAGAGGGUAGUCCAGCAGGCCAAGUAGGUCUGAAAUGGAGCGAGCAACUGGCCUUGGCGCCCACCUAUACAUCGGCAUUCACCUCACCGAGUAAUUAUUCAAGCCAUCAUCAAGGAAGCUCGACGUUUCUCCAACCACCACCAGCUCUUCUAAGCGCCAAGAGUGCCUCCGCAUCGCCAGUGGGUAAUGGGGAACAAAAAAGCUAGCUGAAGUUGUUUUUUUUUUCAUUUUAGUUUAUGAUUUUUCAUUUCUUUUAAGGAAAGUCUGAAACUUUUGUAAGGAUAAUUGGUUGUUUCAUUUAUCAGUUUUCAAAGAAUCAACUUUGAACCAGAGAG